AUGGCCAGCGCAUCUGGGUUCAUGCGGAGGUCUGUGGUAUCCUCAUUUAUCUAUUCGAAUGCAGGAACCCCCAAAAUUGCUCUAUUUCGGCGAAGCGAGAAAGUCAGCACAUAUCAUAGCAGCAGCAUGGCGCGAAAUGAAAGAGGAGACUACUCUCACCCCCGAGAUCUUGAUCUUUGGCGACAAGGAAAACCAUACACCUUCCGCGAUCCUUCUGUUGGUCGGGAAUGGACAAUUUUUCCAUUCCUGUUCCUUCUCAAAGACUGCCGUCAAGGUGGUCGCGGGGAGAAGGGCAUUCAAAUUGACUGGGAGCACGAAGGCUGGCAGUGGUUUGAUCCUGAUACGGUCAGAGAUGAUGAGAAAUUCGGUGGGGUGCCACGUUUGAAAGAAAGCUUGCGGCGAGUCUGGUUCGAAGGUGAAAUGAAUGAGCGCGCUAGCAAGGCCCUUAUGACAGGCCUGGAAGACCUGAAAGCAGAUCACCAGAGUGGAUCGCACGAGCUGACCUCGAUUGCGCUGAGGGCAUUCCGAGAUAUUAUUGCGCAGAUGGGGGAGGACAUUGAUACAAAGUGGUGGGAAACUGCUCGCAUGGCUGCCUGGCAUUUGUGGAAGAAUGGACGAGAAAGCAUGGGGGCAGCCACCUUGAAUUCAUUUCUAGGAUUGUUCGCCGACAUGGAAGAGAUCGUAUAUGAGAAUCUCGACAGCAAAGUCAAAUGGGAACGCCUGUUAGCUUUGCUCGAUCACCAUCUGGACAAGCGCGAAGAAAUGCCCACGCGUAUCAAACACUCCUUUGCGGCGUAUCUACAAUCCAGCGUUCUGUCUACAGCGGAAUCACAGCCUCCGCCCUCUCUUGGUGUCCUCACCCUCUCGUCAAGUUCUACCAUCCGGGAUAGCAUUCUGGAGGCUUUCGCGUCCCUUCCAAUUCUUAAUCUGGACCUUAGGAUCCUAGAAUCUCGUCCGCUUUGCGAAGGAGUCAAAAUGGCGUCCUCCAUCUUCUCUGCCUUUCAGUCAAGGUUUCCCUUGUCUUCUGAUCGACAUUUAAAACUAAGCGUGUACACUGAUGCAUCUGCUGCUCUCGCCAGCAAGGGAGUGGAUUUCGUCCUUCUUGGGGCCGACCAGAUCUCGCAUCUAGGCGCAGUGAGCAAUAAAACCGGAUCUUUACCAACUGUUCUGAGUGCCAAAUACGUUUGUCCUAGCGCCAAAGUUUUGGUUCUCAGUGAGCUAGAGAAGGUGGCUGAGCCUGGUACCGAUACCAAUGGUAGCCACGAAGAGAAUGAUCCGAAAGAACUAUUAGGUUGUUGGAUGGACAGCGGCAUGAAAGGAGUCAAGAUUCUUACCGAUGGAGCUGAGGCGGCUGGUCGAAGCGAUAUAAACUACACAGUCGAGGUUAAGAAUAUCUAUUUUGAAUGGGUUCCGGCUGAGCUCAUAGAUGCGUAUAUCUGUGAGGACGGGACUUUGGACGCCGCGGCUAUCCAACAGAAGGCCCAACAGGUGAAGAAGAAGGCGGACAGGUACCUUGGUCAACUCUAG